AUGGUUUCGGGGAUCCGGCGACCAGUCUACCGUUGUCGCACUUCCCCCACCUGCCUUGUGCUUCUGAUUUCCCUCCUGCGUCUCGUUCCGUCCAGUCUUGCGGAUUCGAUACUUCCUCGGUCAGCCCGCCUCCAAUCCGUUCACUUCUGUUUUCGCGAUAAUUCUCCCUUCACUUCAACCCAUCACGGGUUUGAGUCGUUUUCCCCGCUGGGAGUUCGCUUCUCUCUUCAACCAGGAUUUCUGAACGAUCUCACAUCCACGACUGGAUACUCCUUCCGUGUGCCACAUCCGGAGUUGCGAACCAAUGCGUCGACACAGACACGAUUCCUCGUUCCGCCGUCGGGGGCAUCCUGGUCCCAUCGGACUAUGUGCCGACAAGAGUGCGCCUUCCUGAGGUCCGGCAAAGAGGGGAUUUCGCAGGAAAGUUCCUUGGAUGCUGAGGCGUUUACAUCAGCUCCCCGAACUCCCUUCCCGUGCUGCCGUCGUCGAAAAGCCUACCCAGCGUCCACGCUGUGGAGCGUCUGUACACCUGGGCAUGGCAACUCAUCAGCGCCAGGAACGCGAUGGCACUCACCAUAUGUCUGUCCGAGUUCAGCGACAAAACACCGAAAAGCGAGCGACGGGCGGUCUAGGUUCUCCUGUCUUCCUGUCCGCGGUUUACGGAAAUUAUGGGAGCCUCAGAACUUUUACUUACCACUGCAAGAUUUGCUUUAUGGUUGCGGUGGCAAAACGCCGCUCCUCUGUUUCGCGUGUUCUCGGUUCGGGAAUGAGUGGCGGCAGACCGUCUUCGAAGAAGCCAGGGCGACGUGGAAACCACACUCCUGCAGCUUUUUAUGGACAAGAGAGAAGCACACUGACACGACAAAUCGCAUUCGGAGGUGUCUCGGCGGUGGGAGGCCGGUGGGAUGCGCUACUCGCGAACCGCACACGGAUUAUGGCGUGCCGUACCUGAUGCAAUGGACGAGGAGUCUUCUUUUUUCCAUGCCCUGCCACAAGGUACCGGUGGGAAUGCAGAACAAAGAGGACUGCAAACAAAAGACUGCGACUCAGUCGUUUGACAGUUCACAGUCAGAGUUGGGGGAUACGAGUGGAUCAAUGACAUCUGGCGAAGAAGUGGCGCCUCGUCAAGGUCUCACAGAUGAAAAGAUUCCGGUUGACAAGCCAAGAGCGUCUCUUCGACGCAGGGAAACGGGGCAGUACCUGAGUAAGUUCCAAAACGACGGACUGCAUGGUCUCGCGCAGACUUCCUGCCGUGAGCAACAGAGAGCCGUGAGGCAGGGUCCCAAGAACUUCGCCUCGGAGACAGGAGAUUCAGAGGUGCCCGAUGGCACCCUUCCAAUUCAGGAGGAAAAUAUGACCAUCGAGUCCGAAGAGGCUAUCCGGUUAAGGUGGAACAAUCUACGGAAAACGCACCAUGAGAAACAGAGGAAAGGAGGCCAGACCCUUAUCCUUGGGAUUGAGACAUCCUGCGACGACACGUGUGUUGGCAUUGUCGACUGGGAGAGUGGAAGAAUUCUGGCAAACAUUUGCACUCCGCAGCCAGAGCUUCUCAUCAAGUAUGGAGGAGUUCACCCAUCGGAAGCCGCUGCGGCACACGACCGGCGCAUGCAGUCGGUUGUAAGAAAUGCUCUCCAGGAGGCAGGCGUCUCACUCCUCGAUAUCGACGUCAUUGCUUUCACGCGAGGGCCAGGGCUCGUUCCUUGCCUCUCCGUCGGUGCGUCAGCGGCUCUGGAAAUUGCGGGCGAACUGACUGAGGUGUGGGCAGAUGCAGAAGAGGCGGUGCGCGACAAGGAGAUCUCUGCGUCGUUUGCCGACUCGCCUCAUCUCCGGCAUGCGUCCUCGGGGGUGGGAAAGCACGACAGCGGAGCUUACGUCCGAGAACAAGACCAAGGUCGGAGUCCCUGUUGGGGCCUUGAGUGCAUGGAAAGAGGAGAGAUGAAGCGAGGGGGAUCAGCAGAAGCGGAAGGGGGAGAGGCCAGAGAGACCAGCUUAGACCUGACAAAAGGAGAUGGAAGGGGAGCCGCGGGAGGGGAGGGUUUUCAAGAACAGAGUGGUCGGGAACGUUCCUGGCUGUCCGCCGAAGAGCGACAAGAGAUUUUCCGACGCGUGGUUUGGGCUAAAGGAGCGACUGGGAGUGCAGACGAAAAGGUGGUUUCUAGAGGAAGAGGGGUGCCACUCGUUUUGGCUGUCAAUCAUCUUCACGGCCACCUCCUCUCUGCGGGCAGAGACUCCUCGCAACAGCAGCAUGCUUCAGACAGACAGGGGGAUAGCUGUUCUCCCGCGUCCGCCUUACCGCCUAAGUUUCUCGCUCUUCUUGUUUCCGGAGGCCACACUUUCUCGUGUGUAGUUAAAGCAUGCGAAGACUACCACCUCCAUCUGCGCCCGAAACUCUUUCUCGUUCCUGCCAGGAGUCGACACAGAGCCUCUGGAGACCCGAGAACGGCAGACCGAGCAGGUGGUGACAUUAAAAAAGGCCACGAAGUGGAAAGCGAAGAGGGGGAGGAAGAGGCGGGCAUGGAGCGGGCUGACGAGGGUAAGGAGCGACGUAAUAUCGGGGCGGCGAGAAUUGUUGGAGAGUCAAGAAAGUGUUUGCAAGACCGACGACUCAGAGUGGAAACCCCAGGAAACGGACACCAAGAGAAAAAUGAGAGAGGGGAUGCAUCAGGACUACAGAGAGAGAGAACGAACGACCACGACGGUGAUGGACCGGGAAAAGACUCCACAAACAGCUGCUUCUUGAAAGACGAAAAAUCCAGGAACGUCGCCAAAGACCUUCUCGUGGAAGUCUGGGGAAGCUGGGAUGACCCGGAAGAGGCGAACCACGAUGGAUGCGUCAACGGCCUCCAGUGCAUCUACACGGGCCAGUCGGAAGACGACGCUGUCGGUGAGGCUGUCGACAAGUCGAUGCGCUGUCUGAUGACAGGGGCUUCUUCUCCAGAGUCGUCCAUCUCUGCCUCCAACGCUCGUUCUAGUACUUCAUCAGCACCUGCCCUUGGCUACCCGGCCAUGCCUCUGCCUCCUACCUCCCCUUCGCUUUCCCCAUGCCUCCGUUGCUCUUCGCCUUCUCUUCCCUCUCUCUCGAGUGCCGCCGGCGUCUGCUUUCAGACUUCGCAUGCAGCAGCUGAAACAACAAAUAAAAGGGAAAGCAGUUCUGAGGGUGAAGAAAGCGCCUCAGGUACUAGUGGAGCCACUGGAGGCGAGGCGCCUCUUGGAAGAGGCGCGGCACUGCAGGGGCGGCACGGAGGAGCGAUGAUGGAGGAGAUGGCAGCUUCAGGAAAUGACAAGGCUGUCCCUCUUCCAAACAUGCUCUCUUUGAAACCCAAGACCUUGAAUUUCAGCUUCUCGGGAAUGAAGUCUGCAUUCGCGGCGGCGGUGUCCAAAAUGGGUCACCAAGACGAAAAGGCGAAAUGUGACUUCGCCGCUUCCCUCCAAGCAGCCGUUUUCAAGCAUCUCGAGGACCAACUGAGGAAGACCAUGUGGCUGUAUGAAUUUCUUGAGGACUUUCCGCGGAGACUCGCCGUCGUCGGAGGAGUUUCUUGUAACGAGACGCUACGUCGACGUCUCCGAAAGCUUUGCGAGUCGCGGGGCGACACAUCCGUUCACGAGCAAGAAUUCAAGCGCCUGAAGAAUCGCCUCAAAAUCCUCGCACGUCGCAUUCCAGAUUCACUCCUCUCUCAGCAAGUCUUGACAGGUCGACACGAUUCUCUAUGUCCCUCUAGUGGCGGUCGGCACGAGACGUCGCCCGCAAAAUUCGGCGCAGCACCACAUGUAGAGACUACAGUUCUCGAAACCCAGAAACGACGUGGCGGGAGCGCAUCUUUCGUAGAGUCCAGCGACCACGAAGAUAGCGAAUCCAGUCGGCAGGAACUUCUCGCUACGGUAGACACCCACUUACCGGAAAAGAAAGAAGCAUUCAAGUUGCACAGAGUCGCACACGACGGUGAAAACGAACUUUCCGUUUUUGAACAAGGCGAGAAAAAGAAGCUGCGUCACCAGGACAGACGCAGUGCAGAAGCCAUGUCUCCGGAAAUAAAAAAACAAGGUGCCUCUGACACGGACCUUCGGGGCAUUCUAGAAAAAAAACUACGCGCCUUUUCAUUUGCUCAUUACUGUCGCUUGCGCGUUGACUUGAAUGAUCUUGUAUCCGCGUUAAAAGAAGAUUCUCUGAGUUCGCAGGAGACGAGGCGACCGAUAUUUUUUCUGUCGCCCGAGGGUUCGUUCGAUUUCGACGGAUCGUGUUCUCUUGGUCAUCAUCAAGAGCAGACGAAGGGGUUGGUUGGAGAAAAAAUACCAGGGUCCCAGUCCACUGGUGCCGAAGUGGCGAUUGAUGGAGUUAUACCAAAGCCGACAGCACCUUUAGGGCUUUGCACGAGGGGUGAUAGCGGUGACCUUCGACGGAGUGGAAGUAGAGUAGACAGGUGGGAAACAUUCUGGACCUCGAAGCCGCUAUGCAACGACAACGGGGUAAUGAUAGCGUGGGCAGCCGUGAAUGCAGUGAAAUGCAUGGACAUGUCAACGGGAUAUUCGGGUGCAGCACUGACCGACGUCCACCGGUCAGAGGCGACACUGAGUCAACCAGACGGGAAACUAUCCCGAAGAGAUCUUCAGAAUGGAACGCAGACUGACGCUGACACAGACAUUGAAGACUGGAGUGUCGAGUCAGAGAAACGCCUCGACCUUGAUCACAUAGAAAAUCUGGUGAGUCGCAAAAUGACAGAAACUCUGGGGCUGGGCAGAGAGGAGAGGCCGCAGCAGCCAGAGCGAGUGCUACACAAUGCAGGCGAAGACGAUUACAUGUCACCAAACGAUGGAAAUGAGAGUAAUCUUCGUAAUCAAAAAUUCAUGGCUGCGGCUGGUAACGAUAAGAAACUUGUUACACCUCGCUGGCUGGGCGGGAUAUCGCUGUGUGCAAACGACCUCCUCUCGAAGGUCGAGUUCCUGGUUCUCGAUUGGAUUGUGAAAACAAAGUCACUGCCUUAG